AUGGCAGUCCUUAAUGGAGCAAAUGCUGCUCGCGAGCUGCUUGAUAACAUCAAAUGUAGAAAGAUGACCUAUUUUGGAUACGCCGUACUGAAGACGUUUAUGCUAUAUUUUGAUAAAAAAAGGGUUCAAUAUUUCUAUGACACUAUUACGAACGAAUUCUGGGAUUACCAAAUUGCAGGUCCUGGACCAGAAGCAGAAAUUAAAAGAAAACAUUUUAGAGUCUACCUUCUAUUUGUAUGCGAAGCUGGUGGAGCUUUUGGGAUAAUAUUCUUUCUUUCCAUCCUUCCUAUUAUCGAGAGACCAGAAGGAAAAGUGCCUCUGCCAUUUGUCAAUUGGACACCGUUCGACAUUGACUCUAGUCCAAUACAAGUAAUUUUUCGUGUAACAAUGGUCUUGUACUUAAUGCUAUCAAUAGCUUCAAAUACGGUCUUCGAUGGAUUGUUUUUUUAUGGUGUCGAGCAUCUAAUUGCCCAACUUAUUCUGCUAAAAGUGUUGCUGGAGAAUAUUGCCAAAGAUAUUAUGGAAGAAAAAAAUGAUUGCGAAAAGUUUUCUUCCGAUAAAUUUCAAAAUAUGGUGUACAGCAGAUUAAAAUUAUGCAUCGCUCAUCAUGUAAAGUUGUUAAAGUUUGGAAAAAAUCUUCAGGAAUUUUGUUCAGCAACACUUCUGCCACAGUUACUAAUGACUUAUUUUCUGCUCGUUAUUAAUGGAUUUGUUAUAAGUAUUAGCCCCAACGAAUUAGCUAAAGUCUUCGUACUCUCAUGUAUAUCAACAUGUGCUAUAGUUGAACUUUCAGUAUAUGCCAUACCAGCAUCUGAUCUUCAAUUUGAGGGCUUAUCUGUUAUGGAUUCCACCAUCUGCUCAGACUGGUAUUUGUUCAGAGCUCCGCUUAAAAAAGCAUUAACUUUUAUGUUAAUAAUUACACAAGAACCAAUUUUUAUUAAAGCUGGAGGACUCUACGUAAUCCAUAACCCAGUCAUAAUAGAUGUGGCUCAAAAAGCUUUUUCGGCAAUAGUACUUUUACGUGCUUUAAUAGGAGUUGAUUAG